AUGACCGAAGUCCACAGUUUCACGUCCAACGAGGAUGAUGUUUUCAGCAAGCCACAGCUAUCUAGAGAUGAUAUGUCACAAGCUCUUGAUAUUCAAGUUCGAUUGCGUGAACUUUAUAGCGAGAAUAUUACGGCUAAGAUUCUUCGGGCAGCUGACACCUGUCUCGAAAACAAUAAUCCCAUAACUGCCUAUCCGGAAUACGUCCCACAGUCUGGCCCGGAUUCUGGAAAGUAUUAUUGCCGGGAAGCAGACUUUUGGACAUGCGGCUUUUUCCCGGGCUCGAUCUAUUCUCUCAUUGAGCGCUUGAUUAAGUUUCCACAGUCAACGGGUAUCCAACAAAGCAUUCCCUCUGUUCUGAAGGAGUUGCAGAAACUGGGUGAGAUCUGGUCCGAGCCGAUUCACGACAUGAGUCUCCGUACCGAUACCCACGACAUGUCGUUCAUUAUCCAGCCUUCAAUGCGACCCCGUUGGGAACUCUUCCAUGACGACCGCGCUCUUUCAACCAUAGUUACAGCCGCUGAAAGCCUCUAUACGCGGUACAAUCCUAAAGUGGGCGCCUUCCGCUCAUGGGACCAGCUGACGCAAAAGGGCGUCAAUAUCACAUCCAUGGAUCAAGACUUUCUGGUGAUCAUCGACUCAAUGUGUAACCUUGAUCUCCUCUACUAUGCAGCAGCACAUACUGGGAAUAAAAGUAUGUCCUCUGCGGCGACUACGCAUGCUCAUAAGCUCCUGCGAGCCCACCUUCGCCAUGAGACUGGCACAUACUCACACCGAGAAGGGUAUGACGGUCCUCUGUUCAGCACUGUCCACGUUACCAACUUCGAUCCGAAGACUGGUGACUUCAAAGAGGCUCGCACCGGUCAGGGAUAUGCGAAAGAUUCAACCUGGGCUCGCGGCCAAGCAUGGGGUAUCCUCGGCUAUGCACAAACAUUCCAGUGGACAGGCCAUAAAGAAUUCCUCACAGCUGCGUGUGGGUUAGCCGAGUACUUUCUUCUCCGUUUAGAUAAGUCCCCGAGCUGUGUCGAGCGGAAAGUCAAAACUGAUGAUGCGGGUUACAAUGAUUCCUCGUCAAGCCGUACGUGUGGACGCUUCGUCCCGCUGUGGGACUGGGAUGCCCCUAUUGACGAGACAAAUCCGCUUCGCGAUUCAUCGGCUGGAGCGAUCGCCGCAAAUGGGAUGCUUGUAUUGGCACAGAGCCUUAUUGCCCGAGGUGAGUAUGCACAAGGUCGUCGCUAUCUUGACGCUGCGCUGGCACUGGUCGAAGAUGCUCUGGCCUUUUCUCUAGCUGAGAAGGCAACGAUCACAGUCCAGGAUGGUCAGGUAUCAGUGAAGGAUGCCCAGCCAAAUGCCACAUUUGACAGCAUUUUAAAAAAUGCGACUGCAAACUACAAUGCACUCGAUCAUCGCCGCUAUUGGGACCAUGGACUGGUUUAUGGGGAUUAUUACCUGAUCGAAUUUGGAAAUCGAUUGCUUCGCAUGGGGCUUCUUUGA